AUGAGCUUUCUCGGCCGCCGUGCCGCCCCCGUCGCCACUCUGCUGAGCUCUUGCCAUUCCCUCCGCGCGCUCGAGCAAAUUCACGCGCGCAUCGUGCGCAAGGGCCUCGAGCAGCAUCACGUCCUGGUCCUUCGCUUCCUCUGCCUCUGCAACGCUCUCUCAGCCGUCUCCUACGCCUCCUCCGCCUUCGAGCGCGUCUCCCACCCCACUCUCCCUCUCUUUAACGCCCUUCUCAAGCUCCUCUCUGAUCACCGCCUCCCCCUUCAAUCUUCACUCUUUCUCUUCCACCAACUACGUCUCCGCUCUCCCCAUCCCCCGGAUCCAUUCUCUUAUCCUUCACUGCUUAAGUCUUGUUCUCACUUCGCUGAUCUCCAUACGGGCGCUUCCAUUCAUUCCCUUGCCCUCCGCUCCGGCUUCGAGUCUAACAUCUUCGUCCGCACUUCAUUGAUCGAUAUGUACGGCAAGUGCUGCGAGGUUCAUGCCGCGAAAGUGCUUUUUAGUGCCAUGGAUUUCAGAAAUGAGGUGACUUGGACUGCCAUGAUCGUUGCCUAUCUGAAUUCCGGCGACUUGGCUUCUGCCGCUGAGUUGUUUGACGGAAUGCCGAAGAGAAAUGUGGUUUCUUGGAAUGCCAUGAUUGAUGGGUUUGUGAAGUUUGGGGAUUUAGUUAGCGCACGUAAGUUGUUUGAUGAAAUGCCGGAGAGGAAUAAGGUUACUUUCACUUCGAUGAUUGAUGGGUAUUCGAAAGCCGGGGAUAUGGCAUCUGCAAGGACGUUGUUUGAGAUGUUGAAAGGGAAGGAUGUCUUCUCAUGGUCGGCAAUGAUUACCGGUUAUGUGCAAAAUGGUCGGCCAGGUGAGGCGUUGAAGCUCUUUCUUGAAAUGCUUGAGAAGAACAUCAAGCCAGACGAAUAUAUCAUGGUUGGGUUGAUGUCAGCUUGUUCUCUGUUGGGCAGUCUCACAUUGGCCAAAUGGGUGGAUUCAUACAUUGCUAGAAGCUCAAUUGAUGUUAAGAGAGCUCAUGUGUUAGCUGCAUUGGUAGACAUGAAUGCAAAGUGUGGAAACAUGGAAAGAGCUACUACUUUGUUCGAGACGAUGCCUAAGAGGGAUUUGAUUUCAUAUUGUUCGUUAAUGCAAGGGUAUUCAAUUCAUGGGUUAGGAGUUAAGGUUAUAGAGUUCUUUUCAAGGAUGAUUAAAGAAGGGAUUGUUCCUGAUGAUGUUGCAUUUACAGUGGUCCUGACAGCUUGCAGUCACGCCGGUCUCGUGGAAGAAGGGAUUAAAUACUUUGGUAUGAUGAAGAAUGAGUAUUCAAUUUCUCCUUCCCCUGAUCACUAUGCAUGCAUGGUUGAUCUUCUUGGCCGAGCAGGGAGGUUGAAAGAGGCCUAUGAAUUGAUCAAAUGCAUGCCGAUGGAGCCUCACGCUGGUGCUUGGGGUGCAUUGCUGGGGGCGUGCAGAUUGAAUUGUGAUAUUGAGCUUGGGGAGGUUGUAGCAAAAAAGCUUUUUGAGAUGGAGCCACAGAAUGGUGGUAAUUAUGUCUUGUUGUCAAAUAUUUAUGCAGCAGCUGAUCGGUGGGCGGAUGUGUCACAAGUAAGAACCAUAAUGCGAGGCAGAGGUGUCAGAAAAAUACCCGGUUGUACAUGGAUAUAACCAUUGACAAGUGUAUCAUUGAUCAUAUCACACGUUUCUUCCGGACACAACAUUCAAGCUCGAUCUUCAGUCAAUUGAAAGAGCUGCUGAUGAGCUUAAUUCUUUGUUAGCAGGAUAAAGAUCUACUACGCUGCAUACGGUCACUGCAAUUGGAAAAUACGGUGAGUCAGAUUAGUCCAAGCCGCGCUUCAAGUUGUAAUUCCAUUGAUAGGGCCAAUGUUUUCGAUGAGGUAAUCGAUGCAUGUAACCAUGAACUAGCAGAGUAACACUUCCGGGAUAAGUAUUGUUGUUUUUGGCUGAUCUCAAGUAGAAAACUUGAGAACAUGGAUCUAUACAUUCAGAGUGUUGUUCA